AUGGUAAUGGUCAUCGAAUCCUUUGGAUAUAGACCUUCUCCUCGGGAUUGGUCUAAUCUCUUUUUCAAAAAGUCAAUUUACAAACAGAAUGUGGAUUUUCAAACAGAGGCCCUUUACAUGGAAUUUCCUCCAUUGGAUGACCCUCAGAGUGAUAUCCUCAUGAACAUUGUAGACAUGUCAUAUCAGGCAUUCUCUCGUCCUAUGCAUGAACCUUCUUCGCUGGUUGAUCCUCAAAGUGAUAUGAGCAUGGACAUUGACAACUUGUCAUAUGAGGAGCUUCUUGAGUUAGGUGAACGAAAUGGGAAUGACAACUUAGAAAAGGGUUUGCUAAAAGACAUUACUGGAAGACAAUUGCGGACAAAAAUGUUUCUAUUACCUAAUGACUUGGAGGAGUCAACUUCUGAAAAAUGGGAGACUGAUAUUUGCAUAAUAUGUCAGGAUGAAUAUAAGAACAGAGAGGAGAUUGGAAUUCUUCAAUGCGGACAUGAAUACCAUGCAAAUUGUAUAAGAAGAUGGUUACAUGAGAAAAAUAUUUGUCCUAUCUGCAAAUCAAAAGCAUUGAAUAUUGAAUAG